AUGCAGGUACCGGUGACGUACCAUGUUUCCUCACACAGCUCAGGCACCGUUGAUCCGACUGAUAACGCGUUGGAAAAGGCAACAAAUAUAGUAAAGUUUGAUUUCAAUCGCAUUCCCCCAGUAGUUCCCGAGCUCACCGUUCUUGAGUAUUUGAACCACCACACCAACCUUAAGCAUCCAUCACCACCACCCCACUCUCAAUCACAUCCAUCAACCAUGACUCGCUCUCACAAGUUCACUGACCGUGACCACGCCGGCAUUGCCGAUGGCACUGCUGAGCGUGAGACGAGACUUCCCAAGUACUUCGCCAAAUCCGGCCAUGCUGAUUCCGACCCGACCAAGACCAAGAAGGGCGGUAGCGGCAAGGGCAAUUGGGGUGCUGCCGGUGAUGAGGUCGAAGACAUUAGGCCCAACAUGGCCUAUGCCCGCCGCCGAAGCAACUCGUCUACACACAACAUGAAGGACUUCAAGACCAAGUUCGAAACCAUCGAGGCCGACCCCGUCUUCGAAGAAGAGAUCCACGGCCCCAUGGGUGAGGAGCUUGAGAAGCAGAGCACCACGUCCACCGAGCACAGCGUUGCUGAGGAGGAACACGACAAGAAGUUUGUCUCGCCUGUGGAUAGUGUUAAACGUCGAAUGGAUCAUUGGAUCCCUGUCUCCAACAACAUUAACCCACGCAAUCUUCUCAACUUGCCAAUCAACCACCAAGGCAGCGAAGAGCCAACACCAUCACCGGCGCGCUCUUUCGCGUGUUUCCUGGAUUCGACUAUCCCGCCCAUCAUGUUCUCACCCGAGGCUUCCAUUCAGAGCGCGCGCAGCUCUCUGCGCAACCCCCGGCGCCGCCAGCGCAAGGACUCGGAUGGCCCUCAGCAACAACGAAGUCGGAAGCGCAGCAAGCUCAACGACGACAGCUUCAAGGACCCGGCCGUCCCCCAUAUGAAUGGAAAUGGAAGCGCCCUGAUAAACGGCCAUGCCGUCCAGAGCCCUGAGAAUUCGGUUGUGCUGGUCGACAUGCCCGUUCGCGAGAAGAAGACAGCUCCAAAGCGCGCGCCCAAGGAAGACACGGGCUCGUAUCUCAAACUCCCCGGGUUCCCGUCAGCACUACUCCGCCCUUCCACUCCCAUAUAUGCAACUGCUCUUCCAUCUGCCGGCCUUGCGCUCGCCCUCACACACGAACGCGCCCUCGUCUGGGACUACAGCGCCCCGAGCGGUCCUACCAAGGUCAUCUCCCUAAACCUGAACUUCGGUCUGAAAUCGAUUGAGCCUUUGCCUCUGGGCGCCAUCGUUCGCAACGGUCCCACAAAUGACUAUGGUGUUGUCGCACUCGCACCGUCAACAGGAAAGAUUGGCUUUUGGGAAAACAUCGACAGCGCCGACACGCAAAGCCUAUAUCCUCAGCGACAGCAGGGAGUCGAGGGAUUCGUCAAGCUAUACUCUGGAGAGACUAUUACCAACCUGGUGGAUGUCGACCACGCGGGCUACGUACUCGUCUUCAGCAGCGGCAGGCUCGCUCAAUUGACCCUGCGCGAUUCCCAAGGCAGACCGAAUGUCACGACGGCCGUAUUGAGCGCGCCAAAUGGCUCGGGAGGAAGCUUCUUCAGCUUCAAAGGGCUUCUGGGAGCAGCUAUUCGCAAGACCAUAGCUUCAGUCAAGGCACGGACAUCGCAAUCCAAGGGACACAUGGACGUCAUUUCCGUCACAAAGAACGCCCUCUUCCAGACGUGGGAUUUGAGUUGGUCGGGACAACAUAAUCAUCAGCGAGAUGUGGACGUACACGAUGCCAUUCUCUCAGCAGUCCAGGCUCGCACAGCGCCCGAGAUACGCAGCCAGCACCAGAUCCAAGUGCUGGACUUUGCCAUUAUGGACGCACAGCAGGGCCAGGAGGCGGUCGACCUACUUGUUCUGGUGGCUCUGUCUGGACAUGAUUCAUUGGAUUACUUUCUACUCGAAGUAGAGCUAUCUAGGACAGAGGGUACCAUCAACAGGACCAUACCGAUCCGCAACUUCCAGCAACCCCAACUCCAAAAGGAACCUACUGGAACGCUUCUGCUUCCGCAACCUGGACACACCGCAUACGUUCAAUUCCCGGGAGCCAUGUUCGUUGCGUCCCUCGCUCAACCACAGGAGAGCCCGGAAGCACAGCUGCUCGCAGACUCUGGUAGUCUUGUUUUGCCGUUCCAAGACACUGUAUACUUCCGCCCAGAUGUGACUCUCUCUGGCACCGUCAUGGAUACAACAGCACGGAAAGACAAGCGAGCGACCGCACUCAUCUUUGCUCAGCAGUUCGGAAUCUUGCAGAUUAGUGCGCUUCCACCAGCGACGGACGACGAAGACAAGGAACGGCUCAAGGUUACUGCGCGCAGCAAGCUCGAACAAGCUACAUUUUUCAGUAUGGUCCCCGGCAACAUCAUAGACUUCUCCGUAAAGUCACGCUUUUCCUUCGCCGAAGAAGAGACUGCCCAGGCUGCUCUCGCCAUUAGUGCUGGCAUUCUAAGCUCUUCCUACGACUACCUAGAGAAGGCCAUCUCGAACAUGGACGAACAAUUCCAAAAACGCGCCACCGCACUACAAACCCUCGUCUCUCAGCUCCAGACUGAGUAUCCACCAAUGUCCUUCCAGACAAAGUGGCAGCUCUUGUGGCAUGCGGAAAAGCUGAUAGCUGCACAUAAGCUAUGGAACUGGUACCAGGACAAGCUGCAAGACCAACAAGCCAACCCGGAUGCUUACCCGGAGAACAUUCUCAUGAGCGAUAUUGUUAGGGCUCUCAAUGAACGCUACAAGACAGCCAUCAACCGUGAGCAUGGCGAAACUGACAGCAUCCGACAAUUCUUCCUCAAGGACGUCGACUCUAUCCAAACCUUGAUCCCAUGGGGCUGGUUCUAUCUGCGAACCUUUUACAUGAAAGAGGGUGCAAAGGAGACACCAUCAGUAAUGCAGAGGCUGAGUGAGGGUGCUGAUGUUAUGCUCGUCGUUCUGGAGACAGCCUUUGAGUUCCGACAAGCCAACAUUGAGGCGUACGGCCUGGAGUCCGACUCUCUCGAUGAUGGUAUCCUCAAAGCUGAAUACGGCUACGAUAUGCUACCACAAUUCUGGACAUCGUCACACAACAUUGUCAGCUCCCUCCGUAGCUUCAUCGAUGUUGGCCGCAACCUUGCAGUGGAGAAUUACGAAGAAGGCUACCAAGAGCUUCUUGCACAAAAGAUCGGCAAGGAUAAUCCCCGCCUCGUCAAGCUGGGAUGCCAGACCCAUAUCGAACGCUUCCAGUGGGCUCUCGCGCAGAGUGACGAGAAGACACGAGCCAUGGGCCGCAGUCUAAAGGAUGAGUGGAACAACAAUGUCCGGCCGUCGCACAUUAUGGGUUUGAUGGAGAUUGGACUCGCUACAGAAGGGAUGAAACUCGCUGAGCAGUAUCAUGACAUGUCCACACUCGUCAACCUGAUUUGGGAGGAGACGACUUGGCUCGAGUCUGAAAAAGCAAGCACACGCAGCAAGAUGGAGCAGGCCGAAAGCACUGUCAAGCUCAACCGAAUCAAAGAGCGCAUUGCGCGAUACUUUGAGGUCUAUGGCGAUGACUGGGCUGAUGCAUUCUACUCAAAGUACAUCCGACAAAACCAAGCCGGCCAACUCUUCACAAAAGAGUAUCUCAACCAGCCGGCACUCACAAGGUUUUUGCGAGCUGAACCGUCGCGGGUGCGGCUUGGGUGGAUCAACGAAGUGUGGGGUGAGAAGAACUACGAGGCGGCAGCCGAAGCUCUCUACGAGGCGGGAUCGAAACAGGAGACGAACUCAUGGUGCCAGCGUGUGGAGCUUUCCAUGGCCAAGCUUGCUUUACUUUGCAAGAAGGAAGCAAAACCCGGCCAUGAGCAGCAACUACUGGCUGAUGCGCGCCGAGAGAAGCCAAAGGCGCUAAAAGUACGCGAGGCCAUGUUUCAGAGCAUUGAACAGCAGUUGGAGUACACCAAGAUCCAAGAGGAGGUCUACGAGCGGCUGCUGCCAAUCAUUACGGGCGCUCUGGACGAGGACUCGGCCGUCGAUUUGUUGAUGGCAGAGUUUGGGCAAGGGCGUCUGAGGGACCGACCUGCGCACCAGUCCAUCCUUAGACAAGGCUUGGAGAAUCUCGUCCGUCACCAGGUCAUCGAUCCGGCACUUAUGAUUGACAUUCUUACUCUGAUGAACGCAGACGACAGUGAGGAUGGCAUCACUUUGCUGCAAGGUGACGAGUUCAUCUACGCUUUCAGGGUUCUACUGGUCAACUGGAACAACAUCCACCGAACGACGCGUGACGGGCUCGUCAAGCUUGUGUGGAAGCGCCUCUUGCUCAAGGAUGACUGGGCCACCAUCAACAACACCAAGGAGAUUACCGACGCCAAGAUCAACGAAAUGCUGCAGGACACUGCGUUAGUAUAUACGUUCCGGGAAUUGGGUAGACUAUGUGCUGGCAAUAGUUUUGCGAGAGUCGUCUUGCCCAAGAACUUGCAAGAGCUCCUUGGCGCCGGUGGCACACACGGGGAACUAUGCGUCCGCUUUGCGGCCGAAGACCUCCGGGAGCCCAUUAUCAAGGAUAACCUCCUCGACGACGAUACGCUCCGCGAACACUUGGACAAGAAUAGGCUAGUCCAUUGGUUCUCGGCGGCGUACCAAGCGGCCAAACUGGUCAUGUCUGAACAGGGCAAAUCCCAGAAUGGGCCGGCGGGCGCUCCGAUGAUGGGGAAUGGGGUAGCACCUGAGACAAGGACGGAAGCGGAGGCGGACCUGGACCGGGAAGCAGCUGGUUCGGACACGUUUGACGGCGAUGAUGAGAGCGCACUGGAUCACGACGACGUUGAGAUGCGCGACUUGUAA